UUAUACUACGUGCCUAUGUACUCCGUAUUAAUAAACCAUUUAGUCUAACUUCAGCAGCAUUAUAUUAUAUUGUUCUUGAUCUUCAUUCAUCAUUAGUUUCACCCCAAACCCUAGGGCCACAACAAGUGUGGGAUUGAAUCCCAAAACCCAUGUACCAACCAGUACAAAGCCCUUGGGCCUUGGCUAGCAAGCAUUAUAGGGGGUUUUCUCCCGCUUCCUACCAGUCAGUCCCUUCCCUAGACCACGUCGGCGUUGCCUUCACCAUCGUUAAAUCGCUUGCUUCCAGGAUAAUCCUCACCACAGGAUUCAUGCAUGUCUUGCCGGACUCUUUCGACAUGUUGCGGUCGAGUUUGCUCGAUUGCCAUGUCGGAGGUGUUGGGCUUUCCCUUGGAGCCACAAGCAAUAGUUGCAGCAUCAAAGGACUUAUUGCUGCACUAUGCUUCCACCAAAUGUUUGAAGGGAUGGGAGUCGGGAGCUCCAUUUUGCAGCUUCCUCAGGUAGAGUGUUAACCACAUAAGCUGCUGACUCGGUUCCCACAUCCAAUUUCUCUUCUUGCUCCCUCAACAUACAUAUAUUGAUGUGAACACAAAGAGUGUUAAUUUUUUCCUGCAACAGUAUUUGGUAAUUAAAAGAUAUUGUCCACAGAACAAUACCAAAAUUAUAAUGAGAGUAUCAUACGACUACUCACUUUGCAAAGUUAAUUAGCUCCUAGUGGGGGGGUGUUGUUAAUCAGAUGAGCAAUACUGGUAGUGCCGCUUGGAUAUUUGAUCUGGAAGUCUAUGGUCAGUAUGUGAAACAAAUCAAUAUAUUUAUUAAUCAAGACCCCCCGUAAAAAGGCAUGGAGAAAAAAGGGUGAAGUGGAAAUGCACCUUUCUAAGAGGAACAAUGGAGAAUAACCCGAGAAAACUGAUAACAAUGAGAACCCAAUCAUCCAAGAACUAGUAAGUUCUAGGCUUCUACUUGGAAGCAUCUUUGUAUGUUUGGGCGCCUUUAAAAUUUACCCCAGCUAAGCCUCACCUAAGCCUCACCUAGACAUUAUGCCCCAUGGCAUCUUGAAAACACUAUUUACUCCUCUUUGGUUGAUCUUUCGUGAUGGCAAGAACAAGGAAGCAGUCAAGCAAAAAAAUGAUGCAGUGUAAAGCAUCACUCUGUCAAUAUCUUUCUGAACUGAAAGUAGAAGAAUUGUGUCAAGAAAUAGAAUAAAUAACUAGAAUUUUAUAACAAAUGCUAUUGACCGUUAAACUAUUCUGCUCAUGAUCAUAAGGUUCUGAAAUUUUGCUCAACCACCCAACAUUGAAUUAGUCACCUUUUGUCAUAAGAAAAGGCGGCUUAUGUUUAUUUCAAAACAAAAAAUCAUAUUCAAAUAUACAUAUCACUUCAUCACAUCUAAUAAUUAGAUUCAGCUCUUCCUUAAGAUUUAUAUCUGAGUACAUAAGUAUGAAUUUUGUUGCUAAACCACUUAGUUUUACCUACUCAGCAGAUAUUAGCUACAAGAUUUCAGUAAAAAUCAACUAUAGGCACUAGAUAGUGGACAAAAUUAUUGACUCUUUACAAGAAAAAUACAAACAAGGAAAAUGUUAUGUCAUCAUUCAGGAAUGGAAGUAGUAAUGUGAACAAAACCUAGAUUGACAAUUUCUUAAUUUACAUUUACAAUAAAUCAUAAAAUGGAUCAACUUUAAAGUAAUCAAAUAAGCAAAUUUACUACUGAAAUAUCUAGAUAUCUAGUGUGGUAGUGAUGGUUCAGAUGAUGAUGGUCCAACAAACUUAAUAAAAUGCCUAAAAUGGUACAGUUAUCACUUACCAUUGACAAACUUGACAUCAAAUAGAAUGUGCUUAUUUGACAACCAUCUUCAACAUUUCAUAACUUUUUUUAUGGUUGAUGUAGCAAGCCAAAAUACAUUCCCUUCAUCUAGUAAUCCCACUCCAAUAGCAUAUUGGUCACCUCUUACAAACCUACAAAAUAACAAGUUAAGUGACUCUUUUUUCAAUUUGCAAUAGAUCACUGUUUAAUUUGUUACCUCUUUCCUUUCAAACUCAGUAAACUUGCUUCCUAUUUCAUGAGAACCUAACGAGAACUAUUUCAGAAAAGAAUCAAUGGCAUACGAAGAAAAUUUCUAACGAUUGCAUACAUAUAAAAUUGAAACACUGUUAUUCUCAAGUACAAAUCAAGCAAUCGCGAAAAAGUAGUAAAACUACCGAUUUUUUAUACUACCACACGGAAAUAGGAUGCACCUGGAAAUUUGAUCGCGGAGAAAAUCCGAUGGAAGAUUUGCGAUGGCACAAAUCCACAAAUUAGUAUGAUCGAGGAGUUGAGGAUGAUCUUCUACCAUGGUUGAUAAUCAGUCUGCGACGAUGCUAUAUAUGCUCAUGAACAGUCCGGCCAAAAGCACCGAUUUAAGAGCUUAGGUCAUCGUCCAGGACAAAAGCACCGAUUAGUUUGACAGAACGUGUGUUCUCUUUUUUUUUGAAUCCUUCUACUUUUAUUAGGAAUAAUACGGAGUAAUAUUAACUCGAUCUCCAGGGAUUUUUAAAAUGUUUAACUUCCUUUUAAUUAAACUCCGUAUUGUCAGUUCGUAUACCAUGCAACCGUCCCACGGUGCGCAUGGUAUAUCUGGGAGAGUGAAGAAGCAGUUCGUAUAUUUUGGCUUUGUUAUUUUUUAUUUCUCCUUUUUUUAAAAAUGUUAAUAAUUUUUUUAUUUUUGAUCCGAUUUUUAUAAAAUUUAUAUCAAAAUUUUUUAUUUUUCAUGAUCUUUCAAAUGAGACCAAUAUUGCCUAUGUAAUUUUAACAUAUUAACAUUUGCGUGUAAAAAUAUGUAACUUUACGUGUUAAAAUAUGUAACUCGCGUUCAGUCAGGCCAAAUGCAACUCGUGUGUAUAAAUAUGUAACUUUACGUGUAAAAAUAUGUAACUUUACUUAAAAAAAAUAUGUAACUCUCGUUCAGACAGGUCAAAUGCAACUCGUGUGUAUAAAUAUGUAACUCGCGUGUAUAAAUAUGUAAUUUUACGUGUAAAAAUAUGUAACUUUACGUGUAAAUAUAUGUAACUCGCGUUCAGGCAAGUCAAAUGCAACUCGUGUGUAUAUAUAUGUAACUCGCGUGUAUAAAUAUGUAACUUUACGUGUAAAAAUAUGUAACUUCACAUAUAAAAAUAUGUAACUCACAUGUAUAAAUACCUAAUACAAUAAAUUUUUUAUAUACACAAUUUUAAGAUAAAAUGUGAUUUACACAAUUAUUUUUCUGUAUUAAAUUUAGUUUGGUUUUCUUUAUAAUCCAAUACACAUUAAUAUAAUAGUUUGAUUAUUUCUUAAAAUUACAUAAGCAAUAUUGGUCUCAUUUGAAAGAUCGUGAAAAAUAAAAAAUGUUGAUAUAAAUUUUAUAAAAAUCGGAUCAAAAAUAAAAAAGUUAUUACCAUUUUUUAAAAACAAAGGAUAAAAAUAAAGAAACAGUCCUCAUCAAUACUCCGUCGUUUUGCAACCGGGCGCACCAUCCUCAUGGUGCGCCGGUUGCACGAUAUAAUUUGCGCCGUAUUGUGGUAUACAUAGAUUUUGAAAAUUGAAGUAUGUCGGCAAAGGAAAUUAAAGUGAGUCAAGAAGGAAAUACGGAGUAUGACUUUUUCCAAAAUUAAAGUGGAAUAGUUAUCUUGUCACACAAAGGUGUCAGUAUAUAUUAACUAUUAUAACACUUUUUUAUGUGUCAACGAAAAUGUGUGUCAAGAAAUGUAACAUUUCUUGUAGUGAGCAAUACAUGAAAGCCGGCAGUCGCAAAACAAUAAAGACUAAAGGGUCAAAUAUGUCCUUGUAACCGUUUCAAAUUGCUCAAUUUGCCCCCUGAACCCAAAAAUGCUUCAAUUUGCAGCCUGAACUCGAUAAAAUGAUCCAAAUUUCAGUUUUUGCAGGUUUCAAUCCGGUCACCCGGUAGGGUGCCAACUGUGCAUGUGACGUGGCACAGUAUGUAUAACACAAAUUUUAUUUUAUGUAUAAUAUCUAAUGGUUUGUAAUAUAACACAAAUUUUAGGUUUUGGUUGAUAAUUUAUACAAAGCAUUAUGUUUAAAUUAUCCAUUUGUAGUUUUUCAUUUCAUAUUUUUUAAUUUAUCUAAAAAUAUACUAAAAAUAUAUAAACAAUUUUUAUGUAACUACUUUUAAUUUUCCGAAGUUACUAAUUACACUUUUUUUAUAUCUAUAGAAAUAAGAAUUAAAAUAUAAAAAUAGUAACUACAUGUUCAUAUUAUUUAUUUUAAAUAUAUUGAAGUCUUUUUUACGUAUUGUAGAUAAGAAUGAAUUUCUUUUAGUUUAUAUAUUAUUUCAGAAUUUCUUUCUUUUGAAUUUACCAAAAAUACAAAUAUUUCAUAUUUGUAUUUUAUAUUUUCGAUUAAUUUUUUAUUCUAUUUUUUAUUUUCAUUAUUUAUUUCUAAUUUUCGUAAUUUGACUUUUUUGUUGAGUUGAGGGGGUGAAUUGAACGAUUUAAUCAGGUUCAGGAGCUUAUUUGACCACGUCACAUGCACAGUUAGAUCCCUACGUGGUGACGUGGUGACCGGAUUGUAACUUACAAAAAGUGAAAUUUGGAUCUUUUUAUUGAGUUCAGGGUGUCAAUUGAACCUUUUUUUGGUUCAGGGAGUAAAUUGAUCAAUCCAGAAGGGUACCUGAGCCUAUUUGACCCUUUAGCCCACAAAAAUUACAAUUGUCCAACACUCCAACUAUGAACUAUAUAACAAAAAAUGGGCACGCGUGUGGCAUGGAAUAAGAUAAGUGUGGCUUGAGUAAGAAUAAGUGUGGCGUGGGUAGAAGGCCAUGUGCUCAAGGGAUUAGCCACAAAGAUAGGAUCAUUCAACCUCACAUACACUUCGUACCUAGCUAGUAGUUUAGUACGAGUAUAUACGAUAGUAGGAUAUACUACCUCCGUUCUCUUUUAAAUGCAACGUUGGACUUUUUGCACUAUUCACAUGUUCUACUUUGACUACGUUUUAUUUAUUAAUGUAAUAAUAUAUAUUUUUGAAAAAAAUAUUGUUAAAUUUUUCUCAUUAUAAAUUUUCAGAAUCUAUUUUUUAAACGUUUUUUACUAAUCGGGAAUUAUAUAUAUUAAUGGUCAAAGUUGUGCCUCGACAAAUGUGAAAUGCUGACUGUUGCAUUUAUUUAAGAACGGAGAAAGUACCAAGUAAUAUAUACUCCGUACGUACGUAUGCUAAUGACUGCGUGUGCCAGCCUGCCCCUCACAUACUCCCUGCGUAUUCAGUAUUCUCCAUCAUAUCGAUCAGUUAGUUACUUUGUUAUAUUUACUUAUAUAUAAGCCUCUCACGACACAUACGUACGUACUCCCUACCGUAUAGAUACUACAUAUAUACUAUAUACGUAUAAAUCACAUAUCAUCCGCUUCCUAAAGGAUCCCUGAUAUAAUUAAUUAAGCUAUGGCGGAAAAGAAGAAUAUAGCUUCAGCAGCAUUGUUCUUCAUCUUCAUCAUUAUAUUCACAAAUGCACCCCAAACUCUAGCCCAAGGCCACAGCAAGUGCGGGACUGAAUCCGAUAACCCAUGCACCGACAAGUCCAAAGCCCUUGGCUUGAAAAUCAUAGCCCUCGUAUGCAUACUGUUCGCGAGCGUUAUCGGGGUUUGUCUCCCGCUCAUCACCAGCUCCGUCCCUGCCCUACACCCCGCGGGCGUCGUCUUCACCGUCGUUAAAUCGUUUGCUUCCGGGAUAAUUCUCGCCACUGGAUUCAUGCACGUCUUACCGGACUCUUUCCACAUGUUGCGGUCGAGUUGUCUCAGUGACAGCCCGUGGCAUCGGUUUCCAUUUAGCAGUUUUGUAGCCAUGUUAUCGGCCGUUGUUACCAUGGCCAUCGACUCCCUUGCCACGAGCAUGUAUAGGAAGAAGAACGCCGCCGAAUCUCCCCGGGACGCGGCCAGCCAAAAUGUGGAGAUGGGAUUUACCUCAGCUGACAAAGGAGUCCAAGUGGACACUCAAAUUUCACGUUCUAGAGUGAUUGCCAUGGUAUUAAUUAAUUAAUUAAUUACAUGCUAAUUAUAUUAAAUACUCCGUAUAUAAUUAAGUUGAUUAUUUUAUGUGAUGUGAUAUGAUCUUUUGGUUUAAUUUGGAAGUUGUUUUUUAUAAGAGAAAAGUACUCUAAUAUUACUAAAAUUUAUGAGUUUUCGCCUUCUAAGAAUAUGACUAUAUAUGACCAAAUGGAACAUCGAUCACAUACAUGGCCGGCUGGAAUGAUGAAAAUAAAUAACCAAUAAUGACCUUAUGCAUAUACGAACUAAUUCCUUAUAUUUAGGAACAAUAAUUAAUGCAGCCUAAUGUAUGCUUUAAUUUCUCUUCAUCGUAAAUAAGGAUAUGUUGCAAAAGAAAGUAAUUAUUUGAAAAGCAAUGGCCGAUAGUUUAGGUAAUAAUAAAAUGAGCAUUAACAUAAGGCAGUGAAUAAUAUAGGCAGUAAAAACCUGUUAACAUACAUGUCCAUGCAUGGCACAUGCAUGUGUGCGCUGUACUCAUCCAAGCCGCAAGACUUCCUGACUUCCCUUACUAUUCGGCCAUAUAUGUUGUUGUGUUUAUUAAUUAGAGUUUAUCUCUUAUUAUUAUUAUUAUUAUUAUCCCAUACGUAGCUUAUCAAGUACAUUUAUGUACGUUUCUAUACCGAUAGGAAUAGUCAGUUAGCAAUCUUUAUCUGUACAUUUUAUUAGGCCAACUCAAGUGUAUAUAUUCAUACGAAGGAAUGAAAUGAAGGAUACGUGGAAUUCCAAUUAAACCUUUCGAAAAAACAUAGGCAGUAAAAUAAUGAAAUAUUCAGUAAUAAAUGUUGACGUGUGAGCAUAGGCACUAAAUAGAGGACAAUAAAGAAAUGGGCAUUAACAUAAGACAGUGAAUAACAUAGGCAGUAAAAUCCUUUUAAAAAAAUAUAGGCAGUAAAAAUCAUGAAUUAUUUAGUAAUAAAUGUUGACAGGUGAGCAUAGGCACUAAAUAGAGGACAAAAAGAAAUGGGCAUUAACAUAAGACAGUAAAUAACACGAACAGUAAAAUAAUGAAUUAUUUUAUUCGUUAGUAAAUAUUUGCAUUCUAUAUAUGAUCCAUAAAUUAAAUAGACAGUAAAUAUAAAAAUAUAAUUAAUUGUUUAAGAGGGUAGUAAAUGUGUAUGAGGGCACUAUUGUUUGUAGUACGUAUAAUAAUAAUAAUAAUAAUAACAACAACAACAACAAUAAUAAUAAUAAUAAUAAUAAUAACAACAACAACAACAACAACAACAAUAACAUAAUUUUAAUUUAUAUAAUGGAAGCAAUGUCUCGGUAGUUACAUAAAGAAGUAGUUCCUUAUUUUUAGGAGUCUAAUUAAUAAAUAUACAUGCAUGCGGUGGAAGGCUAAUGGAAUCCUUAAUUUUAGGAGAAAUAACUACUUAUUCAUUAUUGUGCUGAGGACAUUGGUGGAAUAAAAAGAAAAUAAAGAAACGCGGACGACCAAGUACAUUAUGCAAGUAUCACAUUAGGGAAAAAAGUGAAGAAGUCAUAGAUUGGGAAUAUCAUGUUCUUUUAGUCAUAGGAGAGUUAAUUUUCUCAUUUUAUAAAUGUGUGAAAGGUAUUGGAGAUUGGGAUAAUAGUCCAUUCAGUGGUGAUUGGGCUUUCUCUAGGAGCUUCAAGUAACACUUGCAGCAUUCGGGGAUUAAUUGCUGCUCUCUGUUUUCAUCAAAUGUUUGAAGGAAUGGGACUUGGAGGCUGCAUUCUGCAGGCGCAAUACGGUUUGUUAAAGAAGGCGAGCAUGGCGUUUUUCUUCUCAGUGACAACGCCCUUGGGGAUAGCGGUGGGGAUAGGAUUAUCCAACACAUAUAAAGAGAGCAGUCCCCGUGCUCUUAUCACCGAAGGGUUGCUGAACGGAUCAUCCGCGGGCCUUCUCAUUUAUAUGGCUUUGGUAGAUCUUCUGGCUGCUGAUUUCAUGGGCCAAAAGCUACAAGGGAGCAUCAAGUUACAGAUGUAUUGUUUCAUGGCCGUGCUUUUGGGAUGUGGUGGGAUGUCUAUCUUGGCCAUGUGGGCUUAAUUAGCUAGUUAGGUUCAUGCCUGCAUGAUUGGUGAUCAUGAACUCUUUUAUUUAUGGUGUAGAAUUAUUUUAGUAAUAAAUAUAUACUUCCUAUUUAUUUAUUCAGUCCCAUUGAAUACAUAGUUUUAGUUUUGUUUCAAUAAUUAUCAUUAGGAUUGUUCAUCAGAAUUAUUCUUAUUUGUAUAAUCCCUCUGUCCUCUUUUAAAUGUCCCGUUUUACCAUAUUGGGAUGUCCCUAUUUAA